GGCCCUCUAUGUCUUGCUUCUUCCAGUUGUCAGACUACUUCUCCCUCUUCUGUUGGCUACUACCAGGACUAAAGCAGAAGUGAGAGUUCAAGUUUCAGGGCUGCUCUUCUAGGAAACAGGUCUGCCAUCACCACCAGCUGUGUUGGAAUCUUUCACUUUAAUGGAUUAGUUUCUGUGGAAACCCUGAGUGCUAACACAUCCAGCAAGACUGAUGCUACCUCUUGUCACUUUGAAGACAUUACUUCGUGCCAAGUGUUUUUGGCGCCUAGCAAUCCCUGGUUCUGUGAGAGAACUGCAUAAAGAUUAUAGAAUAGUGCCUCCUCAGAAUUUUUCCAACUAUGAAUCCAUGAAACAGGAAUUCAAACUGGAGACUCCAGAGUAUUUCAACUUUGCUAAAGAUAUCCUGGACCAAUGGACCAAUAUGGAAAAGGCUGGAAAGAGACCUUCCAAUCCAGCCUUCUGGUGGAUAAAUGGAAAUGGAGAAGAAGUGAGAUGGAGUUUUGAAGAACUGGGAUCUUUGUCUAGAAAAUUUGCCAAUAUACUUACAGAAGCCUGUGCCCUGAAAAGAGGAGAUCGAGUAAUUGUGAUUCUGCCCAGGAUCCCAGAAUGGUGGCUUGCAAAUGUAGCCUGUCUGCGAACAGGGACAGUUUUAAUUCCAGGAACUACCCAGCUGACCCAGAGAGACAUUCUCUACAGACUACAAUCUUCAAAAGCAAAGUGCAUUAUCACCGACGAAGUUUUAGCCCCCGCAGUAGAUGCUGUUGCAUCUAAAUGUGAAAAUCUGCACUCCAAGCUAAUUGUGUCUCAGAAACCCAAAGAUGGAUGGGGGAACCUCAAGGAAAUGAUGAAACAGGCCAGUGACAACCACACCUGUGUGAAAACAAAACACGAUGAGAUGAUGGCCAUUUACUUUACCAGUGGAACAAGUGGAACUCCGAAAAUGACCGGACACACCCAUAGCAGUUUUGGUUUAGGAUUAUCUGUAAAUGGAAGGUUCUGGCUGGAUUUGACACCUUCAGAUGUGAUAUGGAAUACCUCAGACACAGGCUGGGCAAAGUCUGCAUGGAGCAGCAUCUUUUCUCCAUGGAUCCAGGGAGCAUGUGUAUUUGCACAUUACUUGCCACGUUUUGAGCCAACUUCCAUCUUUCAGACACUUUCUGAGUUUCCCAUCACCGUCUUCUGUUCAGCACCGACUGCAUACCGAAUGCUUAUACAGAAUGAUAUGACCAGCUAUAAGUUCAAAAGCUUAAAGCACUGUGUGAGUGCUGGGGAACCAAUCAAUCCUGAAGUGACUGAACAAUGGAGAAACCAAACAGGUCUGGAUAUCUAUGAAGGAUAUGGACAGACAGAAACGGUGCUAAUCUGUGGAAAUUUUAAAGGAAUGAAAAUCAAGUCUGGCUCAAUGGGAAAGCCAUCUCCUGCUUUUGAUGUUAAGAUUUUAGACAUAAAUGGCAAUGUUCUACCUCCUGGAGAAGAAGGAGAUAUUGGCAUUCAAGUCCUACCUAAUCGACCACUUGGCCUUUUUGCUCAUUACAUAGAUAAUCCUACAAAAACAGUUUCAACCCUACGAGGCAAUUUCUAUAUCACUGGGGACCGGGGCUAUAUGGAUGAAGAUGGGUAUUUCUGGUUUGUCGCAAGAUCUGAUGAUAUCAUAUUAUCCUCUGGUUACAGAAUUGGACCAUUUGAGGUAGAAAGUGCCCUGAUUGAGCAUCCUGCAGUUGCAGAGGCAGCUGUUGUCAGCAGCCCAGAUCCCAUCAGGGGAGAGGUAGUAAAGGCUUUUAUUGUUCUGAGCCAUGAUUACAAGUCACACGAUCAAGAACAACUAAAAAAGGAGAUUCAGGAACAUGUAAAAAAAAUUACAGCACCUUAUAAAUAUCCCAGAAAGGUAGGUAUUCCAAUUAUGAUGACAAUUUGCUUAGUGUUCUGAAAAACUUCAGCUGUUUACUUUUUCCAUUUUAAUGAAUAUUCUCCUCAAACAUGUCACACCAAAUAUUCCAAACUGAACUAAUGACAUGGAUAAGAUUCAGAAUCUUUGAGAUUAAAAUGAAAUUCUUGACAUAAUUUUCUGGGUCAUCUGGCUAACUGGACUUGUAGUAAAUACUAAAUACCAAGAAAAAACUCCUCAACAAUACCUCUGGCUGUUUUGGUUGUUACCAAAACCCACCCAGAUGGGUACCUUAAUUCUUUCACUUAGAGAUAAUAAAACUGCUAUAUAAUUGGAUUUGUCUAAAGAUGAAAACUUCUUGGCUAAUUUUCUUCCCUUGAUACCAACAGGUAGAAUUUAUUCAAGAGUUGCCAAAGACUAUCAGUGGGAAGAUAAAAAGAAAUGAACUAAGGAAGAAAGAAUGGGAAAUGAUUUAAAUCCAUUUCAUUCUAUUAUUUAUCACAGUAUCUAUAAAACAAAGACUGUACAAAUACAAGAUUAUGGAGAGGUGAUUAAAAAUAUAAUAGUAUACUUGUAAAUUGUUGAUUUAAAAUGACUUAUGGUUGGGGUGUCUGGCUGGCUUAGUCAGUAGAGCAUGCAACUCUUGAUCUCAGGGUUGUACGUUCGAGCCCCACAUUGGAUGCAGGGAUUCCUUAAAAAAAAAAAAUCUUUAAAUAAAUAUCUUGUGGUUAUAACAUCAGAGGCUGAAUUUUGAAAUAAAAUAUUCGGUAAAUUCCUCUGCAUUAGUUCAAUGUUCUCAUGACUUUGGUAAUAUAAAAAGAAUACCAUCAAUUGCUGAGAAAUUUUUAAACAUGUAUUAUCCAAACCAAGUUUCUGAUGUGUUGGUUUUCAAACUCUAGUUGAGUAAUUCUUCUGGUAUGUUGAUGUACAAAUCAGAACAAAUCUUCAAGCUUUGAAAUAAAACUAAACAACUUAUUAUAAAAGUUUUUAGGGGUACCUGGAUGGCUCGGUCAGCAAGUGUCCAACUCUUGAUUUCAGGCUCAGGUCAUGAUAUCACAGUUCAUGAGCUUGAGCCCUGCUGUCAGACUCUGUUCUGACAGUGUGGAGCCUGCUUGGGAUUCUCUUUCCCUCUCCUCCCUGGACCCACCCUCUCGUGCUCUUUUUCCGUCUCUCAAAAUAAACAAAUAAAAGUUUUUAGAAAAAUAAAAAAAUAUAUCAGAUUUCCUAAUUCUUAAAGUACAAGCGUCUACCUGAAAAUAGAGUAGGGAUUUUUAAUAGUCACAUUUCUAUUCAAGUAAUAUAAAAACAUUUAAAUUUAUUUCAAGGUCUACCUGUAAAAGAAGGAUGUUAUAUACUAUUGUUGUUUAUUAUAUCUAAUCUAAUAGAAUAUACAAAAUAUUUGUGGUUCUUGAUAAAAGUAUGAUAAAUUUGGCAUGUUAAUAUAUGACUAAA